AUGAAAUUAUUCAACAUUACAGAUUAUGCAUCAAUUGCUGCUUUUAUUGUCAAACAUAGAUCAAUGGUACACGUUGAAGCACAAACGGCACAAACAGAGCCGUUGGAUUUAUCGGUGCGGAAAGUGAGUGAGGAACGAAUACAAUUACGGAAUUUAUCAAUUAAUGAUACGAAUAAAGGACAGACAAAAGGUUUCGCUCAAUCGUCGCAUUUGAAUGCUCAUGAAAGGACGCAUACCGGCAAAAAGCCACACAGUUGCGCGACAUGUGGGAAAAGCUUCAACAAAUUAUGGGAUUUAAGCAGACACAACAGAUUUCACAGCGGUGAAAAGCCGUACAGUUGUAUGAUAUGUAAUCAAAGUUUCUCUCAAUCGUCGGGUUUGAGCAGACAUAACAGAACUCAUACCGGUGAAAAGCCGUACAGUUGUACGGUAUGCAAUAAAAGUUUCUCUCGAUCAUCGCAUUUGAAUAAUCAUAGGAGAACGCAUACCGGUGAAAAGCCGUACAGUUGUACGGUAUGCAAUAAAAGUUUCUCUCGACCAUCGUAUUUGAAUAAUCAUAGGAGAACGCAUACCGGUGAAAAGCCGUACAGUUGUAUGAUAUGCGGGAAAAGCUUUUCAUCGAAUUUGAGCAGACAUAACAAAACUCAUAUCAGUGUAAAGCCAUUCCGUUGUACGAUAUGCAGGAAACCUUAUCAUCGAAGCGAUAGUUUGAAAGAGCACAUGAAAACUCAUAACAAUAUGAGUUCAUAA